CAGUUUUCGACCGUGAGCGUGGCAUCGUCGUUUUGUUGUUUUUGUCUAUAUUGGUAAACAGGCGAUCUGGUGAAAGUGUAUGUUUGGCCCUGUUUUUUAUUUUUAUUUGGAAACCAUUGAACUAACACAUUGCACUGAUGUCGACCACCAGUAAGAAGCACCAGGACUUCGUGGACGAGCCGAUGGGCAACAAGGCGGUGACGGCUCUGCCGGGGAUCGGAGACGCUCUGGGCACGAAGCUGCAGAAACAGGACUUUGACAAGGCCUACAUGGUGCUCGGUCAGUACCUGGUGCUCAAGAAAAACACUGAGCAGUUCACUGAGUGGCUGAAAAAGGCCAGCGGCGCUAAUUCCCGGCAGGCCGCCGAGUGCACUGAGAGUCUGCACGAGUGGUGCAACAACUUCCUGUGAGCCGCCACUCCCCGCCUGGACACGCCCACUUCCUGCAUGGACACGCCCACUUCCUGCUGAAACUCCUGAAUGCUGUGGCUGAGUUGGGUGACAUUGUGUUUACAGUGAUGCCCUCUUCUGCUGCACUGCCAGCUUUGUGUUUUCUAAAAUAAUCUGUAAAAGUGGCUUUAUUGGAGAAUGUCUAAAUAAAGGCAUAU